CCCAGCCACAGAUCUCCGCCCCAGUCCGUCCCGCGCCACAGCGAGGAGCCCGGAUGCGCCGCCAUGCCGACUCUAUCCCCGAAUGGAACAAUUUAUUCACCGACCUGCCCGAGACUGGGCGACUAGGAGUUGACCCCCCAGGACCUCCUCGAGACAGUUUUUCCCCCGCCUUGCGAGACCGAACGUUGGGGCGGGGGCCUUCUGCCGCGGACGGGCGGUAGCGCGGGUCACGCGCGCCGCCGUGUAAAGUUGCGCGUUCGCGUGUCGUGCCACCGUUGCGUUGAUGUGGACGCUCGAGCGCUAGCUACGCUAAAGCUAGCGUUAGCUCGAGUCGAGAGGGAGAGAGAGAGAGAGAGAGCGCGCGAGAGCGAGGGAGGGAGUCCUAUCGGAGGCGGGGAGAACUGUGAGAUCCAGAAAAACCAAAUCCAUUCCAUGUCUGCGUCAGCCCUGACAACCACAAGAGAUGUCUGUUGAUGAGGAUACUGUAAAAACCGGCAGUCCACACGCCAGCUCCACUUCAUCCCUGCAACUCUCGGAAUGCACCGGAGGUUACAGCAACAUGUCCGCGAUGGUGGAGGGCACCGCCGCCACCCCCGACCUGGCGGCUGCUUGUCCAGUCUCGGGCACCGAAGCCUCGCCAAAACACACCGGCACGACUGACGCGCUCGCCAACUCGGACGACACGGGACAGGGAGCCAGGGGGAACGAGAAUAACAUCAAUCCCAGGAACAGCUUCAAUCAUUCCAAGCCGCCACAACAACAAACGAAGCUCGCCAAGCGCCGCUACACGGCAAACUCUAGCUUCAAGCAUCCGACGUCCGGCAAGAGGAGGCGAAGGGCAAACUCCGAGAGCGACUCCGUUCUGCCUACCAACUUCCUCCUGGGCGGGAACAUAUUUGACCCGCUGAAUCUCAACAGCCUGCUGGACGAGGAUGUCAAUCGGGCGCUCAACGCGGAGACGCCCAAAUCGUCCCCGCUGCCGGCGAAGAGUCGAGACCCCGUGGAGAUCCUCAUCCCCAGAGACAUCACCGAUCCACUGAACCUUAACAGCGGGUUAGCGGACGGUAGCUGCAUGGUGUCCCCCUUCAAGAGCGGCGGUAGGAAGAGACACCGCAACAGACACCACGGCGGCGGAGGUGGUGGUGGAGGAGGAGGAGGUGGUGCUGGUGGGAUUUCAGCUGCACAGGUAAGCCUCUCAGAAUCAGGAAAAAGUGAGGUUAAAACUAGCACCUCCCUCCCGCUUCCAGGGGUUUUAGCCUCAUGCUCUGCACUAGAUGUCUCCAAAGAGUCCAGCGGUUUUUCCAGUGUCACAGAGGAUUCCCGCGAGCCAUCAGCUGUCAACUCAGCCAGCUGCAAGGAGGAGAUGACGACAUCUGCAUCCAUAGAGGAUUCCACCUCCUCCACAUCAGGGGCAACAAACCAGCAUACAAGCAGGCGCAAGCGGAGGCGCAACUCCGGUAAAAUGGACACCCCCGUGACCCAUUCUACGCCCAUUGGGAAGCCCGGAUGCGGCGACAGGGCUUUCGCUACGUCGGGGCCGAGGAAUUCCCAGUCCUUCCACACACCCAGAAGUGGUUCCAAAACCGUGCCGGGAGGUCGCCAGCAGCCCCGCAACCAGGCGAAGGAGCAGCAGAAGACAAAAUUUCAGUAUGGGAACUACAACAAGUAUUACGGCUACCGCAACCCAGGCGCCAGCGAAGACGCGCGCGUGCGAGUGCUUCGUCCGGAGUGGUUUGAAGGUAAAGACGUUCUGGACCUGGGCUGCAACUCGGGCCACCUGACGCUCUAUAUUGCCAAAAUGCUAAGACCGGCCCGCAUAUUGGGGCUGGAUAUUGACAGUGGUCUGGUACACGCAGCUCGUAAGAACAUCCGACACUAUCUGUCCGAGCUGCAGACCCAAGAGGCCCGGCAUGCGCUGCAAGAGAAAAAGGGCAACAAGCAGGGGGAGAGCGGGACGGGCACAGGGGAGAGGCACAGCGACGCCAAGAGCAGCGAAGAAAACGGGAAACCAGCGAAAGGAGAAAGUGGCCCCGCGGAGGCUGGAAAGGACAACGGCUCCUGCCACGCGGACGAGGUGGGGACCCAGAGGCAGGUGGUCAAAACCGGGGAAACGGAGCAGGAAGAUUUAGAUUCACCCCCCGCUGAUCACUCUGCUAGCUGCUCUUUUCCGGUGUCCCUGCGGAUCUCCAGGGGUCCCAUCGCCGCACCGCCACUCACGGAAACAGCCACCACACGGCCCGGAGAGUUCCCCUCCAACGUGUCCUUCGUCAAGGCCAACUAUGUUCUGGAGAACGACAACCUGCUCGUGACUCAGCGGCCGGAGUACGACGUGAUCAUGUGCCUGAGCGUCACCAAAUGGGUUCACCUCAACUGGGGGGACUGCGGCCUCAAGCGGCUCUUCCAGAGGGUCUAUAGACAUCUCCGUCCCGGAGGCGUGUUCAUCCUCGAGCCCCAGCCCUGGGAGUCCUACGUCAGGAGAAAGAAGCUGACGGAUAAUAUUGGCAGGAAUUUUCACAGCAUCCGCCUGAAACCUGACCAGUUUGCAUCGUACCUUACGUCAGAGGUGGGCUUCACCAGUUACGAGUACCUUGGGGCCCCCAAGUGUUCGAUUAAAGGUUUUCAGAGGCCAAUGUACUUGUUUCACAAAUGACCGCUCCUGCCUUGAUGCAUCAUCGAAUGUGAGUAGCCUCAGCUACCAACGUACGUACGAGCUCGUAUGGCCGUGGCCUACAAGGAACCACCGGAGUCCUUCCCAGUAGCUCCAGCUUUUCAGACGCUGAUGAUGAAAUUAAUAAAGGAGAACGGGACCAAAAGUGGAAUUCAUUUUGUAAAGACGAGAUCUGCCUAUCAGAACCCUCCGGUGAUAACAACGCCUCAGACGGUACGCAGUGAACUACCGUUUGUGACUCCACAGAAGUGGAACCCGGAGCCAGACAUUAUAGCUCGGCCUGACUGGAAAAGGUGCUCCGCCGAUCAUUUCCCAGGACUGCCGACGAGGCUCCAUCUUGAUGCUCGGCCACGUGUUUGCAAAUCUCUGGCCGUAUGUCUUUUACAUGACUUUGUUUUCCCGUGCCACCGCAUCACCACGCGUUCUGAAUGUUAGGGCAGACAUUUUCCAUUUGUCCACCAUCCCCACUUCAUCUGGUGAUUGUCUUGGAUACUGUUUUAUACAUUUUGGUGAAUUUAAAGCAGUGAAACAAAUUCCAUUGGGCACAGAUUCAGCUUGCUUUUAGCUGAUGCAUUUGUCCCAGCGUCCAACCCUAAUUUAUAGUGAUUAUUUUGUUGUUUUGCAAAAUAGGUCUUAGAGCCUAUUCAACUUUAAGCUGAAGCAGAUAUGUGAGCAAGUCCACAUCUGGAAAAGGGCAAGAUGAAAAGCUCCUAAAUUGCUCAAAUUUAAGAUUCUAUGAAGUGAAAAGUGUCUCAUUGAAGAGAUGAAGGUUUUAUUAAAAACAGUCAAAACAACAAACAUCCGGUGAAAUAGUUGAUGCUUACCCAACUUUCUCUUUUUCCUUUAAGUAACAGCCUGUCCACUUAAAAGAGUCAUAAAAUAUAAAAUUCUGUCAUUAUUAAACAGUAUUCCGUUGUAGCAGGCCUGCUAUCUGAAACGGGGCCGCAGCUCAAUGUUUAAUCCUGAAAUCACAUUUAUACAUUUUGACUGUUUUUAAUGAAUCAAAUCACUUCACGUGUUCUUCAGACCCCCAUUGUUUAAUGACAUUAAAGCCAUAGCCCUACCUUUUUUAUAUAUCCUUUAUAAUGUUAACCAUAACUGAGCGCAUAAUUAAGAGUAAGUUAUAAGGCAGAGGCCUGUCAUCAAAGCGCUGCAUAAUAAAUCCAAUUUAUUAAUCCCUUUCUAACUUCUUUCCGGCGCACAGAAAAUUAGUUUCUUACAGUGAUGAAAUAUUGCCACAACCUUUUUACCAAAUUCUAUUAUUAAAAUGCCGUUGCGCUGCCAAACUAUUUUCGGGGGUCUUCUGCUCUUGAACUAGUCUGAGCGAGUGGGCCGCUGUGGUCGUGGUCCUGCUGGUCUGCACUGAGCUCCUCUCAUCUCCUCCUCUCCUCCCCAGCGGCCGGGAGCGCCUGGUUCCAUCGCAUCAUUUGGCAAACGAGAGCAGGAGGCGAUGGGGAAAGAUGGAUGAUGUGUUUCUAUUUUAGUAGGGGAUCGUUGUAAAUAUGUUUGCAAAGAUUUGUUUUAGUGUUGUCGAUAUUUAGUUCAUAACUGCUUUUGUUCAUUUCCAGUGGAUUCUUUUUUCUUUUUUUUUUAUGUUGCCAAUUUGUGAGUCUGGAGUUUUUGUCUCAAACCGGACCGCUAAUCCAGCUGUGUAACGACAAACGAUAAUGUACAUUGCAACGGUUCUGAUAUGUUUGCUUUGUUCUGUCCUGGCAGGCACAUGGAUUCUUAGAUUGGCUCUUUAUUUUUUUAUAAACUGUUUGAAAGGAGUGUUGUCGUCAAUGCACUCUUAUUUCUCCUUGAAAUGAUACUGAGAUUUGAGAAUUCUUCAGAGUGGAAAACCGUUUUUCCAUCAAACUUGUGGAACACUAAUGAAAUGAUGAAAUGUGACACUUUGGAUUCGGGGAGAAUUGGCUCAUCGACGCGCGGCACCAAACCCAGUGUGUUUUUUGUUGUUAUUGAGCCGAGACGAUCAGGCUUUUUUUAGCUCCGCGCUGUAAUCGUGAGGGCAGUUUGCAUAAAUUACAAAAAUGUUCCUUUAUUGAGUAUAAUUCGCAUUUAAUAACGCAAGAAAGGUUGUACUAGAGAUACAAAAACCUGUUCCAACAUCAUUUCAUGUGCGAAAGAUUAAAACUCAAUUUAUUCAGUAUCGUACAACAACA